AAAUGAUGUGCAUUCAUGUGUGUGUAAUUAUUUUCCGGGUUUAAUAAUUUUGUUUCUUCUAUGAUAAAGCAUUGUUACGGACAGUUACAGUCAUUUGGCAAUUUAUUGAGAACUGGGGAAAAACAAACUCAUUCAGGGCAUUAUGCUUGUUUGCCCUUUAAUUAGCAUUGCAUCUUAGGGCCGCCACGCCUGGCUUGUUGAUUUCCUGAGAUGUCUCCAAUGAUCGUCUGCACAAAAGAUCAAGAAAUAUAUUUUUGUUUAGACUUACAUCAAAACCUUGAAUGUAACAUGUUUUAGUCAAGAAUGAUGGAUAAUUUUGUUUCAAGAUUUCGUCUUUGUUCUAUAAUGGAACUAAUUCUAAUUUUAUCCUUCCUUUCUGCGGGACUUGCGUAUGAUAAAGCUUCCUUUUAUGGGGCCAGUUUUAUAUCCUACCCUUUACAAGAGGCCAAAGGUUUAACAGAUAUAAGUUUCCGUUUCCGAACCCAUCUGUCUGAUGCCUUGUUACUGCUAGCUGCUGGGAAGACGGAUUACUGCAUGAUCCGUUUGGAAAGUGGCAGAUUAAAACUGCACAUAAACCUGGGUGCUGGCGAGAGUGAGUUGUCAUCCGUUAAAGGCUUGUUUCUCAACGAUUCCCAAUGGCACCAUGUCAGCAUCAUUCGACGGGAAGCCAACUUGACAAUGAAGGUUGAUGACAGUGCAGUUAAAAAGAAGCUUCCUGGCAGAUUUUUUGAGCUGAACAUACACUUUGGAAUAUUUUUGGGAGGACAGGGAGAUUUUUCUGAACUAUUUCUUGGUCAUAUGGAGAAUUUCCGCGGCUGCAUGGAAGAUGUAUAUUACAACAGCGUAAAGAUUUUGGAGAAAGCCAGAAGUAGAAGUGGAUCAGUACAUGUUGAAGGAGUCACUUGGAACUGCGCGCCUGAGUUUGAUGCUGAUCUCAACUCUGACAUCAGUUUCGUGGACGAAGGAGCCUAUCUUAUACUCCCUAAGAUCAACUCCAGGGCUGGAGGACGAUGGCACAUAGAAUUCAAGACAAUAACUCAAAACGCCAUUGUGCUGUACAAUCCUGGGGGAGGUCGCGGUUCGGACUUUCUUGCCGUGGAAAUAUUGGAAGGAGUGGUGCGCGUAAAGAUGGCCAGAGGACAAAUUGUCCACACGCUCAGAGUCAGCGACGGACAGUGGCACAAAAUGCACUUGUCUUUCAACCCAUCCCUUAUUGAGCUGUCUGUGGACAACGUAGCAAUGAGCACACGAAUCGAGAGCGGCGGCACGAGAUAUCUCGAUCUAUCCGACUCUUUCUAUCUCGGCGGGAUAGAGAGUGAGAAACGACAACGAGCGUUCGCUAAAGGGAUAAAAGCUGCGGAUUCUAGUAUCAUGGGCUGCAUCAAACCUGUAGAAGUGGAUGAGAAGAUAUACGGGCUUCCCAACGCAGUGGUGACUUACGGAGUGAGCCCGAAGUGCGUGUGGUGGUACCCCUGCCAUUCGAGCCCGGGCAGCCCGCCUUGCGUGCCCCGGGCAGUGUGUGAACAGCAUGGAGUAGACCACUUCACUUGUAAAUGUGACUCUGAUUUGUGCAUCAACCCGGACUAUGCUGAGAAGUACAAGGUGUUUUCAAGAUCAAGCAGUGAGCUGGAACUAGUCGCGCUCUACCCGCUAACAGUGCAAGAAGGCGGGGUAGCCGUUAUCACCACACAGAACAUCGACGUGGUGUUAGACCACCACAAGUAUGGCGUGAGACCAUCGGGCGUGGUGCUACACGUCGCCUCGCCGCCGCAACACGGCCGGAUAGCAGUGGAGCUGUCGCUGCAGAGAAGCCAUACCAGUUACGCUGAAAGCGAGGGCAAACCACGACAGCUGUUCACGCUGCUAGACCUCACUAGAGACAAGGUUCGUUACGUCCACGACGGGUCAGAGAACCACCAAGACGCGAUCGUUUUAGACAUGGAGUUGGUUCCCGAGAGUAAGUUCACGCUGCCAAGCUACUUGCAAGGUCGGAACACCUUCGUGCUCCAUGUCAACGUAACGCCGGUCAAUGACCCGCCCGUGCUGGCUCUGACGCCGGGAAAGGCUUUGAGAUUGACUCAGGGGACUCGCAAAGUCAUAACGUCAGACAUCCUAAAGGCAGAGGAUCCAGACACUCCGCCUGAAGAUUUGCUGUACACUGUGUUGCAUGGAAAGAACGAGGCUAACAGUGGGCACAUCGAGAUGUCCGGGCAGCCGGUGGACUCAUUCACGCAACAGGACGUGGACUCAGGCGUGGUCUCGUACGUGCACGGCGCCAACGGCGACAAACAGCUCAACAAAACAUCGCUACGUCUCACGCUGCAGGUGUCAGACGGCAUAGAGACAAGCGGGCCAGGCGUGCUUCGCAUCUCCGUGGUUCCCUUACAAGUGCGCCUGGUCAACAACACUGGUCUGCAACUGGUUCACAACGCGCACGCUAUCAUAUUCGCCGACAAUUUGACAUUCACCACGAAUGCCGACGAGACCAAUGUGCACGUGAAGUACGACAUUGUAAAACCGCCACAAUUUGGCGUUGUGGAACGCUUACGAGUGCUAGACGGCACGUGGCAAACAGUCGACUCAUUCACAAGUGAGAUGGUCAACUUUGGACGCGUCCGCUACAUGCAUUUACUGGGCAGCCCGACACAUGAUGAGUUCAAGUUCAAAGCAUCAGUGGGAACGAUACGAACGAACACACUAUACGACUUUCGAUUGACAUUUAUCAAACUCGAAUUAUACCAAUCGACCAACGAAGAGCUUGUGCUGAACAAUACAAGGGAAGCAUUUAUAUCCGCUCAGCAUCUUCGAUUUAGAACGAAACCACUAGCUUUGCCGAGUGACAGAGUGUUAUACACUAUUCUGAAAGCGCCCAAGUAUGGUAUACUUCACUUGUCAUCAGGGAAGCAUCAUCUACAAGUGCACAGCACCUUCACCCAACACCAUAUAGACACGGACCAGCUAUGGUAUCGCUUACACAGGAGAGCCUAUUCGCAUAUACAAGACGAAUUCUCUUUCGUAGUGGGAGCUACUGAGUGCGAGAACAUUACUGGUGUGAUGACGAUCAGACACGUUCCUGGGUCAGUUUCAUCAGACUAUUCAUCGGGUCGAGUGCACACUACGCUAGAAAGACUACAAGUCAUGGAAGGAUCUCGCAUGGUCAUCCCUGCUACCCAUCUAAAUUUCCGAACAGAUGCUGUAACUAAUCUCGUGUUCAACAUAACACAUCUUCCGAAGCAUGGAAAAAUUGAGGUCAUCAAUGAUAACUUGAAAAUCGCUCGAGAUAACACGACCUAUUUCACCUUGCAAGAACUGAAUUCAGAUAGGGUUUACUAUGCGCAUGAUGAUUCUGAGAGUAGGCACGAUUCAUUCCACUUCAUGGCUCUAAGUCCGGAGCCGGAGGAUUUCCAAUACGUAGGCGUGUUCCACAUUGAUAUAAUACUCAAGAAUGAUAAUAGUCCAGUGCGUGCCAAUGAAAACGUGUUUCACAUAGUCCACGGGGGAGCUCGCCUGAUCACGGCUAGGGAUCUGAGUUAUACAGAUGCCGACUUGGAUACUAAGCCUUCGGAUAUCAUCUACACGGUGCAAAGGUUUACGAAAGAUCCUCCGAAUGGUGGAAUUUUUAGGGCAGACAAUCCUGCGGAACAGAUCGCUCAGUUUUCUCAGGACGAUAUUAAUAAGAAUCUGGUGUUAUUCAAGCAUCAAGGGAAGGAGUACGGGAAGAUGGCGUUCUGGAUAUCAGACGGGUUGUUCGACGUGAACGGGAAUUUGGAGAUACAGGCGUCGCCGCCAUUCAUAAGGAUGUACCCAACAAAUGGUUCUAUUGUAGAAAAUGGAAAAGCUGUUGUUAUUACAGCUAGAGAUAUGCAGGUGGACACAAACAUGAACUGCCUUGAAGAAGACAUCCGCUACGAGGUGACCUUAGAGCCGAAGCAUGGUUCGAUAGAGGUCGGCGAAGGACAAGGCGCGUACACGUUCACACAACUAGAUGUCGCGGCAGGCCGAGUGGCGUACAGGCAUAGGGAGCCUAAGACGCCGUCUGAUCAGUUCAGAUUCAAAGUGAUGUGCCUCGAAACGUGGGGCGAAGGCUCGUACCCGAUCAGGAUAUUCCCGUCGAGCUACUGGGAGCCUUUGCGCGUGACCGCCUCUCGCCCGCUUGUGGUUGAAGAGUCCACUAGCGUUAACAUCACUAAAGAUGUCCUCGAGGUAAUGCAUCCGCAAAUCGAGCCGUCAAACAUCGUAUACAAAGUGACCGAAGGCCCUUACCACGGCUGGCUAGAAAUAGCCUCAACUCCCGGCACCAUAGAAUUGGAGAACUACGAAGAACCAGUCCACACCCAAGUUUUCGAUCAGUCAAUCAUCAACGCCAACAGACUUUUAUACGUCCAGUCGGGGGUCAAUCGAACACGAGACCGAAUCAAAAUGGACGUAACCAACGGCAUUAGCUGGCUGAGAGACAUAGAACUUAGCGUCAUCAUCAUACCCGAACACUUCUACGUGGUUGCGUCAAACUUGACCGUGGUCGAAGGAGACACGGUCAGUGUCAAACCAGACUUGUUCAAGACUCUUACGGAGUAUUAUAGGGGCAAAGUUGUAAGCUACAAGGUCCUGGACAAACCCAAAUUCGGCAAGAUUGUGAUGGCUGAUCAAGAACUGACUUUGCUGCCCGUUUUGAAACUCAAUUCUGGAAAUAUACAGUAUGUCAACGACGGUUCUGAAGAGUCAGCAGAUGCGUUCAAACUCGCAGCGAUCACAGAGGGCGGCAAAGAGAGCGAGCCCUUCCACGUCCGAAUAAACAUAGUUCCGGUGAACGAUGAGACGCCAAUCGUGGCUGCCAACACCGGGCUCUGUGUAUGGGAGGGAGGCACCUUUACCUUCACAAGGAACGAGUUGUAUGUGAAUGAUAUCGACACGCCGUUGGAGAAUGUCACAAUCAGCGUGGUAGACAUAGUCUCUGGCUACAUAUCCUUGAAGGGUGACCUGGAGACCGCCGUCAGUCGGUUCACACAAGCCGACAUUGACAACGGACGAGUCAUAUUCGUGCAUAAGAAUGGCACGAAAGGCAAGAUGAUCUUCAACGUCACAGACGGUCUGCACGAACUAUCUAAAAUCACAUUUCUAAUCUCUACAAAAUCAGUCUCACUGAAACUGGUCCGAAAAAAUAAACUCCGCGUAUUCCCACUCAUGAGGGAGCCAUUGAACAACUACUUUCUUAUGUCAAAAUGCUCAGAUCUUACCAGAACAAUUGUAUACAAAAUUGAGAGAGCUCCUACCCUCGGUAGACUUAUUAUGCUGAAUGGUGACAACCACCACAGAACAAUAAAACAGUUCACUCAACAAGAUGUCAACGAUUCUAAAGUGUAUUACGAGCACACGCACCCUUUCUCAGAUCUAUACACCAAUGAUUCCUUCAUCUUUACCGUCGAAGCGGCAUUGGCAAAACCGAUUAUGGACCAAACGUUUAACAUAGAGGUCUCUGUAUCAUCUGGCGGCUUGUCAAAAUACGUUUACGUGCCUCAAAUUGAGGUGCAAGAAGGAGGCAAGGUGCCGAUAAAAGUGAAUGUGACUAACGUAAUAUCAUAUUUAGAGACUCAAGCUGGCUUGAGGCAGCCACAAGUUGAGGCACAGUGGUCUUCGCCGUCUCACGGAGAGUUACAGCCGUCCAUGUCCUCACUCACACAGUCGCAACUCGAAAGCGGAGUCGUAAACUACGAGCACGAUGAUUCCGACACUUUACAGGACAAAAUCGACAUGUCGUUAUACUUGCUGCCAGAUUACGUCCUUUUAUGUAACGUCACGAUCCCCAUUCAUAUAAUACCAGUCAAUGACCAACCAUUCCGACUGCUGACAGACUCGCCGCAAAUACAAGUCGUCCAAGGAGAGAAUUAUACGAUUACCAGAAACGACUUAUUGACCGAAGACGCGGAUACAGGUCCAUCUGGCAUUCAUUACGACAUCAUCAGCGGCCCUACUCAAGGGAGGAUAGUCAUGUUAGACAAAAACCAGACCAUAGACGAAGCUCUUUCGAUAAAUAAGUUCACGCAAGAAGAUAUAAAUAGCGGACGCAUCAUAUAUGAACAUUCUGGUAUAUUACAAACUGCGACGUUCUAUUUUAGAGUGUGGGACGGACAGUUCAAGCCUACGUACACUGUAUUCACCAUAGAUGUCUUGCCAGUAAUCUUAAAUGCGACUUCUAUGCACCCGAUCAACUUGCAACAAGGUUCAAACGUAGCCACGGUGACCACAGAUCAGAUAUACGUGGAGACCAAUGCUAAGAAGACUAAAGUGUGGUAUAACAUCACCAGACAACCGUCUCAUGGUAUCAUCUAUGUAGGCAGGAGUCCAGUGACUUACUUCUCUCAUAAAGACUUAAUAGAUAAGGUCGUUAUUUACAUGCAGAAUGACAUGACUACUGCUAAUGAUAGCUUCGACCUCGUAGCAUAUGUUCAUAAUAGUAAUUCAACGAGGCCCUUCACGAUAGAAGUGAUAGUGCAGCCUUUGAUGAAGCUGUUAGGAGAUUUGAAGGUCGAAGCUGAAAAAGCUAAGAUCAAUCUCAAUAUUAUGGAUGCCACGGGUCUAGCAAAACUGACUGCAAGUGAUCCUGUGUACACCAUACUAAGAAAGCCCAGACACGGCGUUAUAAAGAAGAUAAUUAGGAGUUCAGGGGAGAAAACGAGUGCGAGUGUUAGAGAGGUGACGUAUUUCACUCACGAGGACAUAAAAGCCGGUGUGAUAUACUACGUCACUAAGAAGAAGAUAAGUGAUUUAAAUGGGAUAGAGGAUAGUUUUAAGUUUCUUUUGGCCGCGACUAUUUUCCAGCCUGCGGCGGGGGAGGUUAAAGUGUUCAUUGGCAAUAGGCCUAAGAAGAAUUUGCCGGGACCCAAUGAUCCGGAGAGUCAUGAGGGAGUUCUGGUAUCAAACGGCGAAACGGCGUCCUACUAUAUGAUGAUACUGAUGGCACUGUCAGGUACAGUCCUGGCUAUCGUAGUGAUAUUCGGGCUGCUUAAAUGCCGCCGGUACCUGAUGCGGGACCAGAACGCCCUCGUCAAGAUUCACGGGCAAAGCCAGGGCGCGGUCGCUCCCAUACCGCUGCCCAGGCCGCCCGAUCACCUAAUGCCUUCGCCUUCGUCGGGCACGCCGCCGAUUAAACGGUACGUGUCGUCAGAGCAGUCAGUGCACACCGGCGCGAGCACGCCUCUGCCGUCGAGCGGCAGCGUGGCGUGCAAGGUGACGCCGCUGGCCGACGCCGCGCUGGACCUCAACACGCGCUACCCUUACGGCACUGAGGACCACACAGAUGUAAGUGCCGAAGACUGGAGCAGUUACGAGGCGAGCGAGUCGGCGUUCCCGGUGCGCGGAGGCGCCGCUCCCGCCAACCCGAUGCUGCGCCGCAACCAGUACUGGGUCUGACCCGCGCACACGUGUUCGCUGCCCAGGCCGCGUCACCCAGUUGCGCCGCUUGCACACGACCGCAGCCGCUCUUUGCAGCGGCUCCGGCGGCGAGCGGAGCUGGUUCCGACGCCGUUCCUACUCAGCAACUACCGAGCCACCACCGAGGUCACGCUCUAGGUACUGUCACUGUGUUACUGUCACUGUUACAGCCCGCCUUUCAUACCUUUUGUACUAGUAUAAUUUGUCACAGUGGAAUGAGAAAGUAAAGCAUCUUCGUACUGAGUUCAAAUUAACAUAAAGGUGACAGGCGUAAUAAAUUACGAAAUCGCUUCACUCUGGCAUAUUUUGUAUGUAUUUAGCUCGGUGGAGCAUUUCGAAAAAAGGACUGUCACAAAUGUCACUGUUACGAUUAUUACAAAGAUAAGUUGAAAUUACUGGGACAAUGCAAUCACUCAGUAGAUACACAACAUGUUUUAAGAAGUAACAAGAUUUCAGAAGGUUAAAGUUGUCAAUUAUUCGACAACACGUGGUAAUAAAUUAUUUAUACACUCACAUUAUGCUCAGCUGAAUAAAAAAUUGAUACGCUCUAGUUCGAAGACAUUUUACUAUUCCAUUUCACUGUGUUGGUAGACAUCAGAUUUUAGUCAGCCGAUAUACAUUCCCAACUGUCGGAGGCUUGCUUUUUUAAUGUUGAUAGUUGGAUAGCACGACAGAGUUGGAUACAAAAUAGGAAGUGUUGUUUUUCUUUGGAUUUUAAUUAUACAUUCGCGGCCAUCGUAACUCACCUGGGUAGGCAAGUCACACAGAUUUGACAUUAUACACUAAAGCCCGGUCUGUGAGCACGUAGAAUUUUGUCCAAUGACCCCUAGCUACCCAUCCUUUUCGA